CCAUGCGUCUCUCCUCGGGAAGAUGGCUGCUGUGUACAUGAUGCGAAACUGAAUGGACGCAAAACAGCCCGAAAUUGUUGAAAUUCACCCCUUUUUCCCCUCCUCGGUCGCCCGCUCCUCAUCCACACACAUGCGUUUACGGUAAACUGCGGCCGUUUUCAACCUAGUGCGGAGAACUAGGAUGAUAAUAUGACCCAGAAAAAGAAGAAGCGAGUGAAUCGCAGUUUGUUGCUGGCGAAGAAAAUCAUCAUCAAGGAUGGAGGAACGCCUCAAGGCUUUGGUUCCCCCAGUGUUUAUCACGCCGUUAUCGUCAUAUUUCUGGAGUUCUUCGCUUGGGGUUUGCUCACAGCGCCGACUUUGGGGGCUCUUGACGAAACCUUCCCCAAACACACGUUUCUGAUGAACGGCCUGAUUCAGGGAGUGAAGGGUCUGUUGUCGUUUUUAAGCGCUCCUCUGAUUGGUGCUCUGUCAGAUGUUUGGGGAAGGAAGUCGUUUCUUUUGCUUACAGUCUUCUUCACGUGUGCUCCCAUUCCUUUAAUGAAGAUCAGCCCAUGGUGGUAUUUUGCCAUGAUCUCAGUAUCUGGAGUGUUUGCUGUCACCUUCUCGGUUAUAUUUGCCUAUGUGGCCGACAUCACUCAAGAACAUGAGCGCAGUAUGGCGUAUGGCAUGGUCUCGGCCACGUUUGCGGCGAGUCUGGUGAUCAGUCCAGCCAUCGGUGCGUAUCUCAGUCAUGUGUACGGAGACACUCUGGUUGUGGUUCUGGCUUCUGCCAUCGCCAUGCUGGACAUCUGCUUCAUCCUGGUGGCCGUGCCGGAGUCACUGCCCGAGAAGAUGAGACCCGCGUCCUGGGGCGCCCCCAUCUCAUGGGAACAAGCAGACCCUUUCGCUUCUCUGAGGAAAGUGGGUCAGGACUCGACGGUUCUGCUGAUCUGCAUUACAGUGUUUCUGUCGUAUCUGCCCGAGGCUGGUCAGAACUCCAGCUUCUUCCUCUAUCUGCAACAGAUAAUGGGAUUUUCAUCUGAAAGUGUUGCAGCUUUCAUCGCUGUUCUAGGUUUGCUGUCUGUCGUUGCACAGACUGUAGUGUUGAGUUUACUCAUGCGUUCCAUUGGGAACAAAAACACAAUUUUGCUGGGACUGGGAUUUCAGAUUCUGCAACUCGCCUGGUACGGGUUCGGAUCAGAGCCAUGGAUGAUGUGGGCCGCUGGAGCCGUGGCAGCCAUGUCUAGCAUCACCUUUCCCGCAGUGAGCGCUCUGAUUUCCCGCACGGCGGAUCCGGAUCAGCAGGGUGUGGGUCAGGGAAUGGUCACUGGGAUCCGUGGACUGUGUAAUGGUUUGGGUCCGGCUCUCUAUGGCUUCAUCUUCUACAUCUUCCACGUGGAGCUGGACAAGGUUCCGGAGAAAGGGCCCGAUGUACAGCAUCACCGAGAUCUCCAUCAACAGAGUGCAAUAAUCCCAGGCCCGCCCUUCCUCUUCGGCGCGUGUUCUGUGCUGCUGGCGCUGUUGGUGGCUCUGUUUAUUCCUGAACACCCUCAUAUGGGCACUCGCUCGGGCAGCUGGAAACACCACACAUCCCCGCACGGACACCCGCACAGUCCACACCCCCCAGGAGAGGCCAAAGAGCCCCUUCUACAGGACACUAAUGUCUGAUUGGCUGUUCCAUGUUGGCCACGCCCCCUCCAUCAUUUGAGGAACGAACUGCGCAUGGAGGCUGUUGUCAUUUAUUGAAGCGUAAAGCUAUAUAUCAAAGGCGUGCUCGGUUUUGUGAAUAGAUCUGUGCUUUCUUUCUUACUUUGAAGGUAAGUUUCUAUGAUCAAGACUAGCGUUCCUUACUGUAUCACGAAUAGAGCACCACUUUUUAAAAGUAAUGUGUAUAUAGAAGAACAUAUAUUUAAUGAUGGUUCUGUCCAACGGCACUAUUACAACGGCUUGUAUUUAUUCUGUUUUUUUUUUUUAACGACUUUCUACUUCUUCAUUAUGCUAGCUCACUCAGGGACAUAACCUGGUCAGGAAUGUUUCCACAUUCAGAAGGGCCGCUUCACAACAUACAUGCAAACACUGGGUUUCAUCUUAUAAACUCGAGAAGAAUCAAUUUGUAAAUUGCUUGUCAAACUAUUUGCUGAAUUUGUGUUGAACGAGCCUUUUUUUUUUUUUUAGCUAUUCAUAAUUUUUUUAAAUUGUAAAAUGUUUGAAAAACGACACUUAUUAAACUGUUUGCAAGAAUUAACCCUGAACAAACUUAAACUUGUGCAGAAAAUUUGAGAGAUUUUUUUUUAACAAUGUAAAUAAUUCGUAAGAGUAUUCGCAAGAAAUUGCAUAAAGCACACUUUCAUUUUUCUGUAAAACCAUUCAUAAAUUCUGUAAGUAAUUCAACUGUUUGCAAAAAAUUCCACAGAAAGCAUGUGUAAAUUUAAAUAAUAUACGUUUUGACUAUCAUUCUUAAUGUAAAAUUAGAGACGACAAAAGAAUUACCACUUGAUUAUUCACAGAACAAAUUCCCAAAACUGAAUCUACUUGGGAAUAUCUGCAAAUUAUUCGUAAAUCGGUUCAAAUUAAGCCAAUUAACAUAAAAUGUUUGUAGGACUUUUUGUUGAAUUUCGCUUGUUUGUUAGUUUUUUUCUAUAAACCUGCUGCAUUGAUAAGAAGCGUUCAUAAGAAAACUUUACACUCGACUGUACGGAUUUCUAUAUGAGAAUGGCCUUAACUGAUACUUCAUUUUCAGACUUCGAUAAACGAAUUUCCGUAACGGAAUGAUUGUGGUUCAGCUUUAGUGUUUCAUUUUCUUUCUCUCACAUGUCUAAGCUGAUGCCUGUUUUUAUUUAUACCACUUAGAAUCAAUGGUGCCUUCCCCAGCUUACAUGGUGUCGUUGAUUAGCGACGCAUGAAACUUCCAAUCGCAAGAUCUGAUCUGCGUCAGUAUUUGAAUAGUUGAGUUGCGUCAGACGACAGUAGAGCUGACUCCAGAUCAGUAGUGAAACUGAAACACGUGACGCGUCAUUUGUCUGGAUUCGCUUUGGCCUUGUGUAGAAAUAUUAUUUUACGAAACUACGUAUGUUUACGCAGAACACUUUGUAAAUGCCAACUGAGAGUACAUUUAAGCAAAAGGGGGUGAUAUUUUUUUUUCUUUUUGCCAGUGGCCUUUCAAUUUUAGUUUUGUUUUCAUUAAGACAAACAUACAGCUUGUUUUUAAGAUACAUCAUGACCAAAUUUAUGUAUAUUUAGUCAAAUUAGUUUGUGUGCUUUGGAUAUUUAUGAGAUGAUCUCCUGUAAUAUAUUACCUUUGUUUCAGAAUACAGUGUGCUUUUUUUAAGUUCUGUGGUUCAGUUGUGCCGUCUUCAUCAUAAGUUUUAACAUGUUUUUUUUUUGGACCCUAAAAUGUAAAUGUCACAAAGUAUCUAAACAUGCAUUUCAAUAAAAGUUCAAUAUUUUGAUGUA